UGAAGUCGGAGUCUGUCUUUUCUCUCGUGACUUUAGGCAGAGAUAUAACGGUCUGCUACCUCCCUAAUCUACAAUUCAACAGACUAGGGAUAAACAUCUCAUCUGGUUCACUUCGCUUGAAUUUAUAGGUCAUUUUCUAUACUGUUUUCACAGGUUCCGGUUUCUGAGAGAUAUUAUUGAACUAAUAUUUAUACCACAAACUCUGCAAACGAGUGUCCACAAUGAAUCAGGAAACAUCUGUCUCAUCCUCCCUCCAACCCUCCUCCCCCUUACCCCUCCCAGAGUCCCUGGGUCGUACCUCUCCCGGUAGCCCCUUACUGCUGGGUCUGAAGAGGGUGUCUGUGCGGCUGGUCGACUGCAGGAAAUCACUGGAGAUAAGGGACAGUCCUAACCGUCACUCUCUCAGUAGAAGCUUGUCAUCUUGGAAGGCUAAACAACAUCUUGAUGCUGAGGAGGCAGAGAAAAGUCUCCCCAGAUCAGAACACCUCAAGAAACAACAGCAGAGACCCACAAGGAAGAAAUCUCACUGCUGCUCUGACUGUGGUAAGAGUUACACCUCUUCAGCAGACCUUAGAAGACACCAGAGAAUUCAUACUGGAGAGAAACCUUAUAGCUGUGAUCAAUGUGGGAAGAGAUUCAUUCAGAGAGUAAAUCUGAAGGCACAUCAGAUCAUACACUCAGUAGAAAAACCUCACUGCUGCUCCCAGUGCGGAGCUAGCCUCUGCUCUGCCAGUGCACUGGAAGGACACAUGCGGAUCCACACUGGAGAAAAACCGUACCAGUGCUCAGAAUGUGGGCAGAGAUUUACAUACUCCAGUGGGUUACGGAUACAUGAGAGAAUAAAACACACUGGUGAAAAACCCCACUGCUGCUCUGACUGCGGGAAGAGAUUUGUUACUUCACAAAGCUUAAAAGCUCACCAGCGGACUCACAGUGAAGAGAGACCGUUCCACUGCUCUGAGUGUGGGAAGAGUUUCAAACAAGCCUCAACACUCUUUGAACACAAACGAAUACACACAGGAGAGAAGCCUCACCACUGUGAGCAGUGCGGGGGAAGCUUUUCCUCUGCUAAGUCACUCAGAAGACAUCAGAGGAUUCACACAGAGGAGAAACCUUACCAAUGCACUGACUGUGGGAAAAGCUUCCGACAGUCGUCUACUUUAAGAUGUCACCAGCUUAGACAUACCGGAGAGAAGCCCCACCAAUGUACUGAGUGUGGGAAGAGGUUUUCUGUUAAGAGUGGACUCUGGCAACAUAACAUAGUGCACACUGGAGAGAAACGCUACCAAUGCCCCAAGUGUGGCAAGAAGCUAGGAUCAUCUCAUUCUCUAGAGCAGCAUAAGCGAACACACACUGGACAGAAACCCUUCCACUGUUCCCACUGUAAGUUGAGCUUUGGCACUAGUUCAGCCCUGUACAAACACCAGAGAAUUCACACAGGAGAGAAACCACACAGCUGCAAUGUUUGCCAGAGGAGUUUUGGACGGUCAGAUCACCUGACAAAUCAUAUGCAAAUUCACACAGGAGAAAAGCCAUACCACUGCUCUAAGUGUGAGCGGAGUUUCACUAACAACAGAUCUCUGAAAGAACAUGAGGUCAGACACACAGAAGAUAAACCUCACUGCUGCUCCCAGUGCGGUGCUAGUCUGUCCUCUGCCAGGGCACUGGAAAGUCAUAUGCGGAUUCACACUGGAGAGAAACCGUAUGAAUGCUCUGAAUGUGGGCAGAAGUUUGCACAUAGAGCCAGUCUUGGGACACACCGAAGAAUACACACAGGAGAGAAACCCUAUCACUGCUCUGACUGCAAGAAGAGCUUUUCAAGACUUGACUCUUUAAAGGAACACAAGUUCACACAUUCAGAGACGAAGAUGUACCUAUGCUCUGUGUGAGUUGAGCUGCACAACGCAAGGCGCAUUGAAGAAACACCAGCUUAUACACACCGGAGAGAAGCCUUACCAUUGCUCCCACUGUGACAAGAGCUUCCUUCGGCAAUAUUCUCUCAAUGAACACGAGCGUCUUCACAAGGGAGAGAAACAGUACUCUUGCUCAGACUGUGGGAACAACUUUGCCGCAACGACAACCUUGCGAAUUCACCAGCGAAGACACACAGGAGAGAGGCCAUACCACUGCCCUUUCCCUGACUGUGGGAAAAGUUUUGCCCAGCCCUUCGCCUUUUAAAGUACACAAGAGAAGGCACACAGGAGAGAAGCCACACCACUGUGAUCAGUGUGGGAAGAGUUUGUCACGUCAGGUGACUUGCGAACUCACUCCAAAAACAAUCAUUACAGCUGCGCGAGUGUGGACUCAGUUUUUUAAGAUCAGAUUCCUUAAGGAAUCACCAGAGAAUCCACACAUUAAAGAGGCCGUACAGCUGUUCAGUGUGAAAAUAGAUUUACUCAGGCCUGGGGGUUGACGUACAACAGGAGGAUUCACACCGGAGAGAAACUUCACAGCUGUGAUGAAUGUGGGAAGAGAUUCACUAAGUCAGGAACCCUGGCUUCACACAAGAGAAAUACACACCUGAGAGAAACCGUACCACUGCGCUGACUGUAGGAACUGCUUUACCACCUCAAGUGAACUGAUUAUACAGCAGAGAACACACACAGGAGCAUUUCAAAAGUGGGAACAUUACCGAUUCCAGGUUUUUUUUGGUGUUGUGGAAAUAAUAUACAGUGGGGAGAACAAGUAUUUGAUACACUGCAGGUUUUCCUACUUA